CGUGGUUGUGUAUCUCAUUAAAUAGGUACUUUCAAUAGAGUGCUUUUGAUUAUUUUAAAGUCAAUAUGAAUCCCACGUUUAACAGUCUAGCCGUGAAUUUAGGAAGGUCGAUAUUAAAAAAGCAUUUGCAUAGGAACUUUUCUAUUUCGGCUACAAACAAGAUGAGGUAUGUGCAAUACAAAAACAAGAAAGGUGGAAAGCAACACCUAGGGGCUCAAUUAUCCAUAGGAGGUGAUAUUAUUGAUAUAAGUUCAGUGGACUCUUCUAUACCUAAUAACUUGGUGGACUUUUUGAAGCUUGGAAAUUCUACGUAUGAGAAAGCUCGAAGGAUAAUCGCUGACAGCAAAUCAAUAACACCAAUAUCAGAUGCCAUUCUGCUUUCUCCUAUUACCAACAGUGAUAAAGUUGUAUGUGUUGGGCUAAACUACACAGGCCAUUGCGAUGAGCAAAAUUUACCUCAUCCAAAGGAACCCAUGUUCUUUAGCAAAUUUUCUUCAGUUGUUGUAGGGCCUCAUGAUAAUGUUGUUAUUCCUCCCAUUACCGAUCAAGUGGAUUGGGAAGUAGAAUUAGCAAUAGUCAUAGGCAAAGUAGCCAAAGCAAUCAGAAUAGACCAAGCCCAAGAAUAUAUUUUCGGGUUCACAGUAGCACAAGACAUUAGCGCAAGAGACUGGCAAAAAAGCAGAAACAAUGGACAGUUUUUGUUGGGCAAAUCUAUGGAUACCUUCUGCCCAUUGGGACCCGCUGUUGUUACAAAAAACAAAGUAGACCCCAACAAUCUUGCCAUCAAAAGUUGGGUGAAUGGGGUAUUGAAGCAAAACGGAAAUACUUCUGAAUUAAUUUUUAAAAUUGACUUUUUAGUGUCUUAUUUGUCGCAGAUAGUGACUUUACAACCAGGUGAUGUUAUUCUAACAGGCACCCCAUCCGGGGUAGGUAUGCACAGAAAUCCUCCAGAAUACUUGAAACCUGGUGACGUUUUGGAAAGUGAAAUCGAGGGAAUUGGCAAAAUGAGGAAUAUAAUAAGUUCAUGAUAAUGUUAUAUAUUCCUGUACUUUACACAACGAAACUGAAUUAAUAUAAUGCUUAAAAUUGUUUUCAACCUAAAAAUUAAUGUAUUAGUGCUUCCUUGAUUU